UAUCUCAUCAUUCGGAGUCACCCCGCUGCGUUGGCCGGGCCGUACCACACGAGGCAGAGAGCUCGAGCAGCCGAGCGCUCCCCGUCUCCUUGCUCUUAAACGCUUCGACCUCGCGACCUUCCAUGGUUUGCGCCACCGUUCAUGGGACAUGUCUUCGCUCUCCUUCCCCCGCUUCCUCCCCAGGAGGUUGCUUGCGGAUGUGUGCGAUGGGGUGAAGAGAAGGCUGGGUUUUGGGGAUGAUGACGACCGGGACGAGGAGGCCGGUCAGGCUGGAGGUGGAGGUGGAGAUGGAGGUUGGUCGAGCAGGGCGGCGGCGGGGCCUCCCGGGGAGUGCUACGCGUGCACGCAGCCCGGCGUGCCGGCGUUCCACUCCACGACGUGCGACCAGGUGCACUUGCCGGACUGGGACGCCGACGCGGGGUCGUCGCUGGUGCCCGUCCAGGCGCAGGCCCAGUCAUCGUCGUCGGCGGCGGCGCACCACGCGGCGGCCGCCGCCGCGCGGUGCGUGUUCGGCCCGGUGCUGGACCCGCGGAGCAAGCGCGUGCGGCGGUGGAACCGGUGGAUCCUGCUGGCCCGCGCCGCCGCGCUGGCGGUGGACCCGCUCUUCUUCUACGCGCUGUCCAUCGGCCGCGCCGGCCAGCCGUGCAUGUACAUGGACGCCGGCCUCGCCGCCGCCGUCACGGCGCUCCGCACCUGCGCCGACCUGGCGCACCUGGCGCACGUCCUGCUCCAGUUCCGCCUCGCCUACGUCUCCCGCGAGUCCCUCGUCGUCGGCUGCGGCAAGCUCGUCUGGGACCCCCGCGCCAUCGCCGCACACUACGCCCUCUCCCUCAAGGGUCUCUGGUUCGACCUCUUCGUCAUCCUUCCCCUCCCACAGGUCAUAUUCUGGGUGAUCAUACCAAAGUUAAUAAGAGAAGAGCAGAUUAAACUUAUCAUGACAAUACUGCUGCUCUUAUUCUUGCUGCAAUUUCUCCCCAAGGUGUAUCAUAGUAUUUAUAUCAUGAGGAAAAUGCAGAAGGUGACUGGUUACAUCUUUGGAACGAUAUGGUGGGGAUUUGGUCUUAAUCUAUUUGCCUAUUUCAUUGCUUCUCACAUUGCAGGUGGGUGUUGGUAUGUCCUUGCGAUUCAGCGUGUUGCCUCCUGCCUCCAGGAGGAUUGCAAGAUAAAGAACACUUGCAACCAAAUAUCACUAGCUUGCUCCAAGGAGAUGUGUUUUCACCUUCCUUGGUCAGAUAAGAAUGGACUAGCAUGCAAUAUGAACUUGACUUCUUUUGGCCAACAAAACAUUCCAGACUGUCUUAGUGGCAACGGCCCCUUUGCUUAUGGAAUCUACAAAGGGGCUCUUCCUGUUAUUUCCAGCAAUUCACUUGCUGUCAAAAUACUCUACCCUAUAUUUUGGGGCCUGAUGACUCUCAGCACUUUUGGCAAUGAUCUUGAGCCUACAAGCAAUUGGCUCGAGGUGAUUUUCAGCAUUAUCAAUGUACUCAGUGGUUUGAUGCUCUUCACAUUGCUGAUUGGAAACAUCCAGGUCUUCUUGCAUGCUGUCCUGGCAAGAAAGCGAAAAAUGCAACUGCGGUUCCGGGACAUGGAAUGGUGGAUGCGACGGAGGCAGUUGCCGUCCCGCCUGAGGCAAAGAGUCCGGCAGUAUGAGCGUGAACGCUGGGCGGCCAUCACAGGAGAAGAGGAGAUGGAGAUGAUCAAGGACUUCCCUGAAGGGCUCAGGCGAGACAUCAAGCGCUACCUCUGCCUCGAGCUGGUUAAACAGGUUCCUCUGUUCCAUGGCAUGGACGACCUCAUCCUGGACAACAUCUGCGACAGGCUGAGGCCUCUCGUGUUCUCCAGCGGCGAGAAGGUGAUCCGGGAGGGCGACCCGGUGCAGCGGAUGGUGUUCGUCCUCCAGGGCAAGCUCCGGAGCACGCAGCCGCUGGCCAAGGGCGUGGUGGCCACGUGCGUGCUCGGCGCCGGCAACUUCCUCGGCGACGAGCUCCUGUCGUGGUGCCUCCGGCGGCCGUUCGUGGACCGGCUGCCGGCGUCGUCGGCUACGUUCGAGUGCAUCGAGACGGCCCAGGCGUUCUGCCUCGACGCCCCCGACCUGCGCUUCAUCACGGAGCAGUUCCGGUACAAGUUCGCCAACGAGAAGCUGAAGCGGACGGCGCGCUACUACUCCUCCAACUGGCGGACGUGGGCGGCCGUCAACAUCCAGCUCGCGUGGCGCCGGUACAAGGCCAGGACGGCCGACCUGGUGGCGGCGGCGCCGCCGCCGUCCGGUGGGCUGCCCGGCCCCGACGACGGGGACCGCCGGCUCCGCCAUUACGCGGCCAUGUUCAUGUCGCUCAGGCCGCACGAUCACCUCGAGUGAGCAGCCGUGGAUCGGAUGGGACCAUGUGACAGGGCAUGCAACCGUGCAUGGCAUGUCACGGACCGCCACUGCACCGGCCAUAUCAUUGACUCAUUGUAUGGUGGUACGCUGCUACUUCGUCUCGACGAUUGAUUAGCAUCCGUCAUUCUAACAUGGCCAAUAACGAAGAUGUAGUGUCAAGAAAAAUAAUGCAAAUGUGCCCUUAAUUGGAACGGCAAAAUCUAUCAAAUCAAAUCAAGCCCUUGGACCCUUGUGAACAUAGUUUCUAUGAAAGUAGUACGAAUUGAAUGGAUUUCUAAAAAGAUCAUGUCGAACAAAUUCACAUUCCAAGGAGGUCGGAUAUUUUUAGGCCUU